AUGGCAUCCUCGAAGCUCGUGCUGUCACUGCUGGCUGCAGCUCUCCUGCUGCAUAUGGCCACCACACUGAAGAUCAGCGCCUUCAACAUCAAGGCGUUUGGAGACACCAAGGUGUCCAACCAGACGAUCGCUAAUAUCAUUGUCUCUAUCCUGUCAGAAUAUGACAUUGCCCUGGUGCAGGAGGUCCGAGACGCUGACCUGAGUGCUGUGAAGAACCUCAUGGACAAGCUCAACAGUGCAUCCUCACACCCAUAUGACUAUUUGGUCAGCAUCCCCCUGGGUCGGACCAGCUACAAGGAGCAGUACCUCUUCAUCUACAGAUCAGACAUGGUCUCUGUGCUGGGAAGCUACUACUAUGAUGAUGGCUGUGAACCUUGUGGGACUGACACCUUCAGCAGGGAGCCUUUCAUUGUGAAGUUCUCCUCACCCACCACACAGGUGGAGGAGUUUGUGCUGGUGCCCCUGCACUCUGAGCCCAGCAACGCGGCAGAAGAGAUUGAUGCUCUCUACGACGUCUACACCGAUGUCAUCGACAAGUGGGCAACUAAUAACAUCAUCUUCCUGGGAGACUUCAACGCUGACUGCUCCUACGUGACCAGCUCCCAGUGGCCGUCCAUCCGCCUGCGCUCCCUCCGUGCCUGCGCGUGGCUCAUCCCCGACAGCGCUGACACCACCGUCGCUGACACCACCGACUGCGCCUAUGACCGCAUUGUCGCCUGUGGCACCGCACUGCGCCAGGACAUCGUGCCCGGCUCUGCCACUGUCAACAACUUCCAGAAGACUUUCCACCUCCAGAACAAGGAUGCUUUGGCUGUCAGCGACCAUUUCCCAGUGGAAGUGACCCUGAAAGCCCACUGA